AGUGGAAAUUUUAGGAUUUCUGGUGGUGGUGGUGGGUUUAAAAGAUAACAGUUGUUUUUCAUAAUCGUUUGAAUUCUCGUGUGUGGAACAGAAAUUCGCAAAACUUUUCUGAAAAUCCCACCCUCUCAAAAAAAUCAUGGAGUUGUAAAGGAUUGCCAUUUAUGUAGUGAAAGUUUGUGAAAGAAAUUAAAAGAAAAUAAUGAAUAAAGAUUAGUUUAUGUGUUUAAUCUGUGAAUGACGAAAACAAGUUUUUCUAAAUGCAGCAAUAUUAUGCUUUAAGCAACAGAUUGAGAUAAAAUUAAAAUCUGUUUGUUCUUUGUAUGACUUAACUGUUAUUGGUCAUUAUUUUGUAAGGGAUACUUUUAACCUAUUCACCGCACAUUGCCCGCCUCAUAACUUUUUUUUUUCACAAAUAUUAUUGUAUUUCUGUGCAGAAGCUUAAAAUCUCAUUUUUAUUUUAAAUCUUUGUUAUUUGAUUCUUCGAUCGCUCAUAAAGACUUACAACAUGACACACUCAUACAGAAUGGAAGCAAUGUAGAAAUUUCUUGAAAGUAGGGAAAAUUGUUUGUUACUUAACGAAUGAACUUUAUUUUGACUUAAAAACUCAUAAAACAUCUUGUUUUUAAAUAUACGUCUUCAUUGAUCACACAGUCACACACGUCAUUAAUUUGCUCGAAGUGCGUGUGCGAAAGAAAGAAAGAAUUACAUCGACAUAAAUAUACUAAUAGACACUGAUGUAUACAUAGAACCUCAUUUAUCCAUCAAUAAUUCGUUUAUAUACCUAUUAUACCUGGUUAUAUAUAUGCACAAAUAAUUUUUUACAUAUAAUAUAUGCUGCUAAAAUACGCACACAAAUAUAGUCACCAGAAAUUCAUUUAUAGGCAUAAACAAACUAUUAAAGGCAUCAUCAUGCCUGCAAGAUGCUACAUCUCAAUAAAUGAAUUUACAGAAUAUUUGGGAGAGACAGAAAAAAAAGAAAAAAAGACUGAGUAAUACAAACUCGAACUGUAACAGGCAUCAAUAAAAACUUCACAUUUAAUCAUAUUUAAUUCAAGCCACAAAAUGAAUCACAAAUAACUUCUUGGAACGUUUCGCAGAGUCCAAAGUUCCAUUAAACGUUUCAAAACAAUGGCUCUUUUAGGGAAAUAAUUUGGAUGCAUUUCUUACCAACCUGACCUGUUACCAGUUAAUUAAAGUUUAAUUCAAUGCUGCUUUGUUGCCAUGGAAGUGGAGCUCCUCACUGAUAAUAAUGUCACGCUGCUUCCUUCAUGCAGUGAUGUGUCUGAUGAUGACUUUACUCAAACCAAUUCUGAAUCCCAAGACUUGUUCCCUUGUGAGAUAUGUGGUAAAAUAUACCUGACUGAGAAUAAAAUCAGAAAGCAUAGUGCAACUCAUACAAGACUUAACUGCUACUUAUGUAACAUUUGCCAUCAUAGAUUCUCUGAUAUUAACCACUUGAAACGACAUUUAAAAGUCCAUGAUGAAUUCAAAGAAUUAUGCUGUGAAAUUUGUGGACAUGAGUUUAGUAACAGUCGUAAACUGAAUUUACACAGGAAGACACACGUAGGUGGAAGACCGUUUGAUUGUGUGUUUUGUGGCCAAAGCUUUUCUGAUGCUAACAACUUGAAACACCAUGCUAAAGCACAUACUGGAGGAAAACCAUACAGUUGUGAUGUCUGCGGACACUGUUUUGACACGAAGGGCAAAUUACAAAUCCAUCACAGAAAGCACACUGGGGAAAAGCCAUUCAGCUGUGAAAUAUGUGAUAAAGAUUUUGCAACUAAGGGUCACUUGUCGAAACAUCGAAGAAUACACAGUGGUAUAAAAUGCUUCCAUUGUAAAAGUUGUGGCAAAGAUUUUCUGAAAAACGAAGACUUGAAAAUUCAUGUGAGGACCCAUACAGGGGAAAGACCUUUUUAUUGCAAAAUCUGCUGGAAAGGUUUUAUUACCAACAGCCAGUUAAACAGGCACUUAAAGAUUCACACUAAAGAGAGACCAUUCCAUUGUGAUGUAUGUGGUAGAAACUUCAUACGUAAUGAUAACCUUAGGAGACAUAUUAAGACUCACACGGGGGAGAAAUCGUUUUACUGUGAGAUGUGUGGUAAAGGGUUUCGUGACAGUGCUCAUUUGAAAAGACAUUAUCGCAUACACAUUGAUGACAAACAUUUCUGUUGUGACAUUUGUGGGAAAACGUUCAUGACAAACAGCAGGUUGAGAACUCAUUUAAAAACACAUGAAGCUGAUUUCCCACAUGUCACAUUCAGUGAGAGUGUGUCAUUUUCUUUGACUGAAUCAAACUAAUAUUCACCUCUUCGUUAAAUCCUAAUUGGACUACUGCUACACUGUAAAUUUUUGUAUGAUGCACCCAUUAUACGAACACAUACACUUUAUGUAACGCAUUAGCAAAAGAAGGCUGUCCUUCUAAUAACAAGUAAUCCGUUACUCAUCAACACUGUACUCCAUUUAACCACUGUAAAGCUGUGUACUCUCUUUGCCUCUUUUACCACUACUGGAAUGGUCCACCCUUCACUAGAUUUGUUGAAACACCACUAAUGUCUCUGUGUCUAGUGUUAGGAAGGGCAUCCAACUGUAGAAAACGUGUCAGAGUUGACACUGGAGCUCAGCACAGCCUUGAGAUUUGCUACUCUCUGUCAAACCAUCCAUCCCAUGCCAGCAUAAAAAAACGAACGUUAAAUGAUGAUAAUGAUGAUGAGCACCAAUGUACCUGUUUCUCUUCCUUCUACCACCCCACAUCCUGUUACACUGUACUAAACAGUCUUUUUCCCUGUUCUUUCUUACCUUGCCUUUUGUUUUUUACAAAUGGCUUAAACAGAAAAAGGAAGGGCAGUGUUCCUGGUCCUUUUAAGAUCUUCCUCUAAGACAGGUGUGAAGAAGUGAGGAAGCUAAUUUCAAACCAAAGACAUCACUCAAAUGCCUGCAACAGAGUGGAUUGCACUAAAGACAGGUCCAAGCACCAAGUGGAUGGCAUCAAAUAAUUGGUUGACAGACUCCUGAUCAACUUUUGUUUUCCAUUCUUUUCUAUUGUUACUAUAAUGGCCUCCAUUCCUCAGAGCUCAUAUCUCUACAACUCAAGUACUCCCUGACACAUUCAUCUUUCCACCUCUCAACCACUUUUUGUGCAUACAACACUCUUAGUUUUGCACUAACCACUAUGUCCAGUCCUUCCUCCCCAUGACAUCAGCCUUCUGGAAUCUUUUCCCUGCUCAUGUCUUUCUUGCAGGUAUUGAUCUGCAAUGGUUUUUAAAUGAAAUAUUAUCGUCAAGCUCACCAGUUUUAAAGGGCCUGGAAGAGACACAGGCAUUUCUCCUUUCUCCAGACUUAAGUAAAAACAAAAACCAAUCUAUGAGAGUACAAACUGAAUGUUAUCUACUUCAUCUUCAUCUAGUUAUCAGUACCCUUCCUUCCUUCAAUGUGGAAAGUGCUUAGACCAGUGAUUCUUAAUAAGGAUCUAUUGGGGGUCUCUCUUUACUCUUUUACUUGUUUCAGUCAUUUGACUGUGGCCAUGCUGGAGCACCGCCUUUAGUCGAGCAAGUUGACCCCAGGACUUAUUCUUUGUAAGCCUAGUACUUAUUCUAUCGGUCUCAUUUGCCGAACCGCCAAGUUUCUGGGACGCAAACACACCAGCAUCGGUUGUCAAGCAAUGUUGGGGGGACAAACAUAUACACACACAUACACAUAUAUAUAUAUAUAUAUAUAUAUAUAUAUAUAUAUAUAUAUAUACAUAUGUACGACGGGCUUCUUUCAGUUUCCGUCUACUAAAUCCACUCACAAGGCUUUGGUCGGCCCGAGGCUAUAGUAGAAGACACUUGCCCAAGAUGCCACGCAGUGGGACUGAAUCCGGAAUCAUGUGGUUCGUAAGCAAAUUACUUACCACACAGCCGCCCCUACGCCUAUAAAAAAUUUUGUUGUUAAAAUUUAUCUGCAAAUUAUUAGUUGUACUUCUAGAUGUGGCUGUGUGGUAAGAAGUUUGCUUCCCAACCACAUGGUUCUGGGUUCAGAUCCACUGCAUGGCACUCUGGGAAAGUGCCUUCUACUGUAGCCUGGGGCCGACCAAAAACAAGGUGAAUAAAUAAGCAUUUUAUUGGACAGAAUAAUCUGAAUGCUUAAGGGGUUAAUUAUAAAAAUAUGAUAAAACUUUUUUAAACAUCAAAUGGCUAUGAGGAUCCCGUAGAGUUAGAUAGGGAUCAGAAGGGUCCAAGGGUAAAAAAGAAAGUGGUCUAGACUAAUUCCUUGUUCUGCUAUUCAGAUUCAUUAAUCAUCAUCAUCAUCGUUUAACGUCCGCUUUCCAUGCUAGCAUGGGUUGGACGAUUUGACUGAGGACUGAUGAAACCGGAUGGCAACACCAGGCUCCAAUCUAAUUUGGCAGAGUUUCUACAGCUGGAUGCCCUUCCUAACGCCAACCACUCAGAGAGUGUAGUGGGUGCUUUUACGUGUCAUCCGCACGAAAACGGCCACGCUCGAAAUGGUGUCUUUUAUGUGCCACCUGCACAAGCCAGUCCAGGGGCACUGGCAUGAUCUCGCUCGAAAAUCCUACGGGAGCCAGUCAGGCGGUACUGGCAACGGCCACGCUCAAAAUGGUGCAUCUCAUGUGCCACCCGCACAAGAGCCAGUCCAGGGGCACUGGCAACGAUCUUACUUGGCUUGCCGGGUCUUCUCACGCACAGCACAUUUCCAAAGGUCUCGGUCAGUAGUCAUCGCCUCGGUGAAGCCCAAUGUACGAAGGUCUUGCAUCACCACCUCAGCCCAGAUCUUCCUGGGCCUACCUCUUCCACGGGUUCCCUCAACUGUUAGGGUGUGGCACUUUUUCACGCAGCUAUCCUCAUAAAAGAAAUUUAUAUCAAAAGUGAUGUAGGCACAAACAUAGGUUUAUGGAUAGAAUUUACUAUGAAACUACAAGUCUUUUGUUCUGUCGCACCGUGUGGCACCAUGGGCAAGUGUCUUCUACUGUAGUCUGACCAGUGCCUUAUGAAUGAAAUUGGUUAACAAGAACUAUAUGGAGGCCUGGCCCUUCACCAUAUCUCUCUCUCUCUCUCUCUCUCUCUCUCACUCUCUCCCACCCCACUCUCUCCAUCUGAGGUGGCCAUGUCUUUCUUCAAAUGCCAAAUUCCUCAAUACUACACAUGGAGUUGCAUGGUUUAGUGGUCAGGGUACUGGAUUCUUGGUUGUAAAAUUGUGGUUUCGAUUCCUAGACUGAGCAAUGCAUUGUGUUCUUGAGCAAAACAUUUCAUUUCACGUUGCACCAGUCCACUCAGCUGGCCAAAAUGAGUAAUCCGGUGCCACUACACUCUCGGAGUGGUUGGCGUUAGGAAGGGCAUCCAGCUGUAGAAACUCUGCCAAAUCAGAUUUGAGCCUGGUGUCACCUCCUGGUCCACCAGUCUUCAGUCAAAUCGUCCAACCCAUGCUAGCAUGGAAAGCGGACGUUAAACGACUAUGAUGAUGAUGAUGAUGAUGAUGAUAUAUGCCCAUGAAACCGGCAAACCAGCCCUUAUGAGUUAGUAUGACUCACAAAGGUAACUCUCUCUCUACGCUAACCACUAUUACUCACCAGGCUCUGAUCAGCCAAAGGCUAUAGGAGACAACAUUUUCCAGAGAUGCUGUGUAACGAAACCUGAGACUACAUACAGCUGUACUUAUAUGUACAGCAGUAAAAACAGGAAGCAGUUGUAAGUAUUCAAGUGUUUUAGGUACGCAAGCAAUAGGAAAGGCUAGAAAAUGUUUGCAUUAGAUAACGCAGCCCUAGAUAACUUUAAAAUAAUUGCAUGGUCACAGCCGGAAUGCUUUUGUUCAUAGGUGUGUUACAAUGUAUGUUCUCUCUAAGUGGUGUGCUGGUGCAUGCACAUAAAUGUUUUACAACUGGUGCACAAAGGCAAAAAUGUGUGUACAAGAUUUACAAGAUGAAAUUAAAGAAGUGAUUUCUUAAAUUCUCAAAUGCAGGAUAAUGCUAAUAAUAUAGCCUGAACAGGAUAAACUACCCCUAUUUUGCAGAAAAAAGUGUGGGCGGCCAGCUAUGAGACACGAACUCACACCUCCAUGAUUACGCGUCGCUGUGCUCUAACCGAUUAAGCUAAACUACCCACCGCAAAUUUAAGAUGUAUAGAAAUCUUGCUUUAUGAGAUGCUAUCAUAUGUUAAAUUCAAAUUACGAUAAACGUAAACAAACAAAUGAAGUUUGCUUUUAGAAGCGUUGAGAUGUCUUAGAAAGUUAAAGAAAUGAUUUUAAAUUCUCAAACGCAGGAUAAUGCUAAUAAUAUAGCCUGAACAGGGUAAACUACCUCUAUUUUGCAGAAAAAAGUGUAGGCGGCCAGCCAUUAUUUUUUUUUGAAGAAUUAAUCUUAAAAUUUCAUAAUAGAAUCUUCUUUUACUUGUUUCAGUCAUUUGACUGUGGCCAUGAUGGGGCACCGCCUUGAAGGGUUUUAGUUGAACAAAUCGACCUUGGGGCUUAUUUUUGGUUUUAGUCUUAGUACUUAUUCUAUCUGUGUCUUUUGCCAAACUGCUAAGUUACAGGGACAUAAAUACACCAAUAUCAGUUGUCAAGCAGUGGUGGGGGACAAACACAGACACAAAGACACACACACACACACACACACAUGAUGGGCUUCUUUCAGUUUCUGUCUACCAAAUCCACUCACAAGGCUUUGGUUGGUCCAAGGCUAUAGUAGAAGACACUUGCCCAAGGUGCCAUGCAGUGGGACUGAUCUCAAAACCAUGUGGUUGGGAAGCAAGCUACUUACCACACAAUCACACCUGCACCUUAGUGAUAUACAAUUGAAUAUGGUAUGCAUUUGCUCAGGUGAUUAAUACAGCAUUUGAGCAAUGGUUACUCACCUGAAUGUGUUCAUACUUUGCAAAGAAAGAUAAAAUUAAGCACACAAGAAAUUUCAGCAAAUAUUUAAAAAAGAAAUGGAUAAAGAUCCUUCUUGAGUUGGAUAUAGAUUCAAAGGGCCUGUUUCCCAGUUUCUGUGGCAUAUAUAUUCCCCAUCUGGACAGGACACUGGUCUGUCGCAGGAUCACUCAUUUUUGUCGGCUGAGUGGACUGGAGCAAUGUGAAAUGAAUUUGUAGUGACGUCAUAUGGCGCCAAAAAGGCAUCGUCGCCAUUACUGUAUCUUUAACCACGCAUGCGUGGAUUUCAACAUCCAAGCGUUCCCGCUUCUAUUCUGUCUCUUACCACGCCAGACAGCGACCAAGCAAGACGUCUAAAACAAGCUCUCUCAUUGAGUGUGGUUGAACCAAGUUGUCACUCCAACGAUCCAUCUCAAGGGACAGUACAUCUACAUUCAGACGUCUCAGAAACCGGACAAUUGGAGGCUGUCCAUUUUACCUUCAAAAAUAAAUGUUGUUGUUGAUCAGUUUGGAGUUCUGCGUUCCGUUCACUUUUAAUUUAAUAUAGGAAAGUCAGGUGUACAUCUAAUGAUGUAUAACCCACUUUCCUAAAAAUUGUUCUGCUGAAGAACACAAUACGUCGCCUGGUCCAGGAAUCGAAACCACAAUCUUAUGACCAUGAUCAUGAAUCCAGGGAAAUCACUAUUAUGAUUAUGGCAGGGUUAAAACGUUCUACAGGGCUCUGAUUGGAAAAACAUUAAGAAGAUGCAUAUGUCUGCUACUUAGUUCCUGUUCUGAUUGGAACUGAUUAGUUUACUUGUUAAUGCUUUUAGGAAAGUUAUGAACAUCACAACCUCCUGUCAGCCCUUUAAUCCUUGUAAAUUUGAAGUGCCCUGCUUAUGUAAUAAAAUAUCUCUGUAAUCAAUCACCUCACGAUGAUGAGGUUUGUGUAAAUUGUAUGGCACCAGACUAAAUACAUUAUGAUUUCUAGUUUGAUGCCUGUCAGUGAUUGUAAAUUCAAGACUGCCUUUUGUUAGCAAAAUGUUAAUAAAAUAAC